AAACUUGUAUAAAAGCAGCUUGAGAAGAUUUUUUUUCACCCUCCAUCCAUUUUAAUUCGGUUUCAUUUUCCGUCUCCUCUCCAUUUUUCAUCUCUUAUUGUUUUUUUUUUUUCUGAUAAGAGAAAGAACGUCUUCUUCUGUUCUACGCUUCUCCUUUGUUCCUUUCACUUUUUUUGCAUCAGCGUCGAUUUUUAAAAGAUCAUGGCUGUGUCGUGGAUACCAAAGAUUUCUGUUUCCUCGAAACAGUUGUCAAAGAAAAUGAUUGCUAUCCAACUUGUCAUUGUGUUUCUGUUGGGCUUUUUCUUUGUUUCAACACUGGAUUUGAGCGUGUAUCGAUCAGGACUUGUCGAUGAUUGUCCAACUGGUUGGACUUUAUGUCGGUCUAGUAAGCCCGAGCCUCAGUCAGACGUCGAUAUUGCAUCAUUACUACACCAACAACAGCCGAUCGUUCCUAUCACUCGUCCAAAAACAUUCCCCUAUACCAUUGUUACCGCCUCCAGCGCCAACCACCUGUGCUCACUGGAAAAUUUCCUGUAUUCAUUGAAUGAACUCAGAGCCGAAUUGGAGCCUUCAGAAUUCCCGCGCGUCGUUGUAUACAACAUUGGAAUGAACCGAACCCAGUUGCCUGUUUUGGAUCAGCUGGUCGAACAUGGCUUAAUUGAUGAUCUUGUUACGUUUGAUUAUUUCAAAUAUCCCCGUUUCUGGGACGUUGCGCUAAAUGCGGGCGAAUACGCUUGGAAAACUGGCAUCGUAAACGAAGCCCGUCUGCAUUACACUGAGGAUACCGAUACCGGAAUUCUUGUGUGGCUUGAUGCUGGUAACCUUGUGACCGCGGACUUUUUACGUCACAUUCCUUCAAUCGUUCGUCAACAUGAUGGUUUCUGGUCGCCACGCAGCUCUUACCGUAUGGGACGAUGGACCCAUCCCGGCAUGUUCGACUACUACGGCGUGCGAGCCUCGGAAUACGCCAAAAACGUGAAUUGCAAUGGUGCUGCGGUGGGUUUCGAUGCCAGAAAUCAAACGAUUGUGGACACCAUGAUAAUUCCGUGGUACGAAUGCGGUUUGAAUAAGCGAUGCAUUGCCCCACCUGGGUCCUCCCGGAAAAACCAUCGUCAAGAUCAGGCUGCGUUAACAUUUUUAGCCUAUCGCAAUGGUCACAGUUGCAAGCUGGUGCCGAAUCGGUUCCACAAUCUCCAAAUCCAUCGUGAUGUUUCCUGUCGUGCCAACUUGUUAGAGUUGGAAGUCCAGGGGAAACUUAAUCAUCCUUCCUCCAUUGGUAAGUAUUUCUUUUUUUAAUUCUGCUUCAGAUGAUCUUGAUUACUUUUUUUUUUCUGUUUCGGUUUUUCGCUGUGAUUUGAAGCCGUUUAUCCUAAUCCUAUUUUUCCCUUUCUUUAUUUUUUUUUUUUUUUU